AUGUCUCGCAUUACGCCCGAAGAGACCAAUGUUUUCUUGAUCAAGUGUAUCAAGUACUCCAACAAUGGAAAGGUUGACUUCGCUGCUGUUGCCGAGGAAUGCGGCAUAGUUAGCAAGGGAGCAGCUCACUUCAGCGCAAAGCGCUACGAGCGCAUCCUGAAAGGAAACGGCAUCCAUCCAUCGUCUAGCGAAGGUGGAGAGGAUGAUGCUUCGUCCGGAUGCUCAAGCCUUACUCCCAAAAAGGGUGGAGCAUCUAAGCCCAAGACUCCUCGCAAGACUCCAACCAAGUCCAAGCCCGCUGGAGUGGCCAAGACGCCUACCAAGCGCAAGACCAAGGGAGCGAGCAGCGAAAGUCCUACCAAAAAGAUCAAGUCCGAAGAAAAGGGUUUGGACUCUGACGUGUCCGACAAGGCUGACGGCGAUGAUAUGGAUGGUGAGCUUCCACUGCGUACGGACAACGACCCUUUCUUGCCAUCGCCUGUUAUGGAUAAAGAAGCAGAACAAGCCAUGUUCGAGGAGUUUUGCAACACUGGCGUGGAGAUCAAGGGUGAAGAUGGACAAAUUGAAAACCAGGUCGUCUAG